GAGUCUUCUAGGUGAUGUCAGCAGUCUUUGUGUCCUGACAGGAGCUCGGAUUAUAAAGCGGUUCCAGUUUAUGGUGCUAUUACCCUCCCUGCAGGAGGAGAGUGUGUGUGUAAACCAUGGAUAAUUCAAACAAGGAGGAGUACAAGAUCCAGUCCUUUGAUGCGGAAACACAGCAGCUGCUAAAAACAGCGCUGAAAGAGCCCGGUGCGGUGGACCUGGAGAAGGUGGCCACGGUGAUUGUGGAUCAGUCUCUGAAGGAUCAGGGGUUCAGUAAAGAAGCCGGCCGGAUCUGCUUCACCAUCGUUCAGGCAGAGACCAAGCAGAGUGGCUCCAACGUGUUCCGGAGGAGCCUCCUGAACCGGCUGCAGCAGGAGUUCAAGAACCGGGAGGAGACUCGGAGCAGGUCCUUGCAGGAGUGGGUCUGCUACGUCACCUUCAUCUGCAAUGUCUUCGACUACCUCAAGGUGAACAACAUGCCCAUGAUGGCGCUGGUCCACCCUGUGUAUGAUUGUCUCUUCAGACUGGGUCAGGCGGACUCGCUGCAGAACGAGGAGGAGGUGGACUGCCUGGUGCUGCAGCUGCACCGGAUCGGGGAUCAGCUGGAGAAGAUGGACGUGCAGCGCAUGGACGACCUGUUCUUCGUGCUGCGGGACGGCUUCCUGCUGCAGGAGGGGCUCAGCUCGCUGGCACGCCUCCUGCUGCUGGAGAUCCUGGAGUUCAGGGCGGGGGGCUGGCGGCUCAGCGACACGGGACAGAAAUACUAUUACAGCGAGCUCACGGACUGAGGAGGGACGGGAGCAGGGCAGGGGUUAGAGAUGGCAGGUAUCACACCGGGGCAAGGGUGAGGGAAAGAGAUCUUCUCAAAGUCCAGACCAGCUAGGUAUAACUACAAGCCAAUAGAGUGAAGCACACACACAUUUUGGCGAAAACCUUUUAGCUUCUAGUUGCACCUAAGUGCAGUAUCAGGUGUGUGAAGGAGUUGGUUUUUGGCCACUAAAUGAAGAUUCAAGAUGUUAAAAUACUGCUCAAUAAUUUCAUCAUUCAGCACGUUUCAGUGGCUCUCAUCCUUAAACUUCCUUCACAGCUGCAGGUAUACUGUCUGCUUCAACACAUAUGACAUGAAGUGUAUGCCUUUCAGAUAUAAGAAGUGUGCACAUGUCUCUACAGUACACAAAGUCUUAAAUUUUCUGAACCAGCCCCAACAGGAUUGACUCCUGAUGCCUCUAACCCUACAGAAAACCCCAGAGUGCAUCACUGUGACUGCUGAGCACCAGCUGAGUCAAACCAAAACAGAUUGCUGUAACCGUGCUGCAGGCUUAGUGAAACUUUUCUCACUUUGCAUGCAUGUGUCCAGCAGAUCUUUAAUCACAGGUUUGCCUUUUUUGAAACUUGAGUGUUAAUUACACAAGUUUGUAGCACUUAACAGUGGGGGAAAAAAAUCUGGCUGCGUCUGUUAAUGAACUGUAACAUUGAACAGCCUACCAAUUUGUGACCCGCCCCCUUCUGAACAGCAAUAUCCAGCUAUCUUUGCAUGCUAUUGGUUGAGUUGGGAGUUCCAAAGCAGCUACAGAGAGGCAAGCCAAUACAAAGUGGUGGGCAGCACUCCUUGUAUACAAAAUACUUCAAGCUCUGUACUUUUUGCAGCUAUGUAGUUUUGUAACAGCCCUGGUUAGUUUGGCAGGUCAUGGGUUCAAAUACAUGCUGACAGAAGGAGGUGCUCUUCACUGCCUCAGUACAUACAAUACUCUGUUCAUAUACCUGUUUUGGGGAGUGAUUGGUUGCUGUACACAGAUCUAGGAAUAGGCUGACCUGGAUUUCUUUUUUCUUCUAACUUUUCUACACUGUUUUUGAUACAGAAGUUGAUUUUUUUUUUUUUUUCAUGAACUCGGGGAUGAAUCACUGUCUGGUGCUAAAAAAAAAAAAAAAAAAGACACACAAAAAUUUAAAGAAUUGUUAUUGUUGAUUUGGAGUAAGAAGAAAUGUUGUUACGUUUUCCACGUGGGGUUUUGUUUCCAUUAUCAACUUCAGGGCCAUUUCACAGUUGUGCUGGUCCAGGAUCAGGGUGGGGGUCAGUUGCUGCUUUUCAAUUCCAUUUUAAAAUCAAUUUCCCAUUCCCUUUGAAUCAAUCCCAGCACAUCAUUGAUCAAAAUUGCAAUUAGCAGCAUUCUGUUAAAACGAGCGUCUCACAGUGGUAACAAAUUACUUCUUUUGAAGCCACUGUUCGUCAAUCAGUUGAACAAUCAGUGCAAACGUGUCUCUACAAUAUCAAUCCCAAGUUGUCCACAUGCCAAGUACCGGAUACCUGGCACGAAAGGAAAGCUGGUUUUACUGCCAUCAUUCUCUUAUUUCUCGUUUGAGAUGUUUUCUUUUUUUUCCUCUUGUGUAAGGUUAAAUGGAUCCUAACUGUGCUACCUGAUCAAUGAACUAAAUACUGAAUUCUGGGUGUUUAAGACUCCCCAACCUGGCAGACAGUGUUUUUGUCUUGCAGUGUUGUGUGCAUUUGAAGGAUAACCAAGGCUUUUUAAGAGAUUAUCUUACCUUUUUCAAUUGUGUGAACAUUAUCUGGGGCCCAUCCCCUUCCUGAAAACAUACUCCAUUGUUUUUCUACUUUAAAUUUGAACUCUGCUGUGGGUCGGAUUGUAGCUCAACCAUCCAAGUGAGUUUGAACUAAAGUGAAGAAAUGCAUCAGGUGCCAGCAAGCUGUAGCAACGUUCAUCUCCAGUGCUGUAGUUAAACUACUUGCUUGUUCUAAAUUCAUUCAAUACAGGAAGACCAACCACUGAGAGAGAUGCUUCUGCUAAUAAAAGGGAAGCCAUGGGUUUCAGAACUUUGGUUAUCACUCCUGUAGCAUCCUAAUGUCUUCUGUGCUAAUGCAAGUUAAAGGGCAGCUGGUGUGCUGUGUCUAGUAUGAGGGAUCAGUCUACAUAGGCUAAUAGUUUCCAUGGUUUAUAUUUCAUACUGAAUAAAGGGAAGCACUAAGAGUUGUAUUAUUACUAAUGUUUUUGCUUUCAUAAGAACAUGUAAAGUACAUUUUUUUUUUUUUUUUUUUUACAACUAGAACAUGUUCAUUUAUUUUUUUUUCUGUUCCAAGACUGAGUUUAGGCUGUAGAAAUGGGGUGGAGGAUUUGAUGCAUUGAGGAUUUUGUGUUUGAUGCCUAUGAAAAUAAAAUGGUUAAAAUGUGGUGCUUCUGUUGGCUUGAACUUACUUAAAAACUUUUCUACAAGUACAGUAUAUUUAUUAACAUGCAUCAAAAAGAACAAAAAAAACAUGCUAUAUAGAACUUAAUCAUUAAUAAUUAAGGCAUAUGAAAAACCUCUUUUACAGCAUAUGAAAUUGCUACCUUAUGUUUGCAUUGCUGUCUGCAUUCCCCACUGCUGCAGUGCAGGACUGUAUAAACUUACCCACAUUCACUUAAGGAAACAAAAGUCCCUUUGAGAAUCUGAGCACUCCCCAAGCCAAGAACGCGCUUCUGCCCUGGGAGGGAAUUAUGAAAGGGCUGUUCAAUCCAGAACUGGUAAUUAAUUGAAUAGAUUCCAACUACUGAAUGAUUUGUGUGUUUUUUUUUUUUUUUUUUUUU